CUGGCUAACAAUCUUACCACUUCAUCAAACAUUCACACUAAUAAGAUCAUUCGAACUUGCGGAAUAACAUAUUUUGUGCCGGUAGUAUUCUGCUCAGCUGGGGGAAUGCUUUCAUACAUCAUUUAUAAAGUACUGUUAAUGCUAAAACAUUUGGCAUUUUUGUUCCCCCUUGCCCCCUCCAGGGAUACUACACCAAUCUCAAGUGAAAUGGCUGUUCAAUAUGUGAGGCAGUAUUCUGAGACCUAUAGCGUUGCUAGCAUGUGCGAUAUGCUUCUGAACCAUUGCCGCAACCCGGUGGACAACUUGACGCUGAUACUGGUUUACUUCAAGCCUAGUGCCAGGCUCCCAUCUCCGGCCCCGCCUGCUCCCACCAAGUUGCCCGUGCGCGUGGUUGGUUAGCGAGAUGCACGCAAGGAGCUCUGAUCAGUCUCUUAAUUGAGAAGGUAGAGAGCGCUCAUGGGUGGGGAAGUUCUGCAGUGACAUAUGUUUCAUGUCUCCAUGUGAUGCCACUGUGUACAUAUGUUUCAUGUCUCCAUGUGAUGCCACCGUGUACGAGAAUGAUGAUAACAUGGCGUUGGUAGGUGUUGUUCAGCUUACACUAGUACUGAUUGCUGCAUGCUUUACUGAGAUCUGUUUAGGAGAUUUUGCCUUAGAGUUGGGUUCUUCACGUGCUUAGUUUUCAGCA